AUGAAACUAAAGGUAUCGAUCUCGUACACGAAAGCGGGGGAGACGGGCUUUCCCAAGCACCGAAAACUCAGAAAAAGCGCGAAUCCCGCCACACCGGACCAGCCGCUGGGAGGGAAACACAAAGAGGCGCUCGGGCACCACCGAGCGCUCCCCAGCGCGCCGCCGCCUCCCGCACCCGGCCCCGCUCUCCGUGGGGCCUGCCCGGCCGCCCGUCCUCCCGCCGCCGCGGGGAGGGGGCUGCGGGGAGGAUGCUCCCCCCGCCACUGCCCUUACCCCUCCGGCGGCGGCUGCCUGCUCUCCCCGCAGCCAGCUUCGCCCCGCCGCCCGCCUCCUCGCCACGCCCGCCUCGGGCCGGGGGGCGAGGGCACAGCCUUGUCCCGCCGGCUGCGGCGGAGCAGCGCUGGGAGCGGCGCGGCGGGCGCGGACGUGUCCAGCAGCGGAGCAGCGGAGCGGGGCUGCCGCCGAGCUCAGCCGCCGCCGCCGCCGCCUCCCCCGCCCGCCUCCGGGUCGCCACCACCGCCCCGAGUCGCUCCACGCUUCUCCCCACGGCUCCCGCCCCGCCGGGCAUUUAUGGCAGGCGGCGGUGACGUGGGGCGGCCACCCCUCCCCGGCACCCCGCGGGGCGGGACGGCCGCGCUCCGGGCGCCGCGCCCGGCCCCGGCAGCAGCACCCGGGGGCGGCGGACCUCGCACCAGCCCCAGGGGCGAUACCUGCAGUCCGGCGGGCAGCGAGGGCUGGCCGGGAGCGCAGCCUCAGCCAGAAGCUGGCCGCGGUCCUGCAAAAGCUAUCGCCCAGAAGAGUUUAGGGGGGCCCCGUCCCCAACCGCCUCCAUCCUUGGCAGCAGGCAAGAGGAUGCUAAACCGGCCUGUUCCCGCUGAGACGCAGCAAAGAGAAAAGGCUGUGAGCUCCGCAAAAGUCCAGAACGCCUCUAAAGAUGGUCAAGAUGCAGAUUCUGUGCCAUCGAGGCAUAGCUUAGCAUUAUCACCUAGUAAAGAAAAGUGGGGGCCCAGCAGAGGAAGUUCAAGCAAGCAGUAUAGAGUAAGCUUUGCAAAGAAGCUUUCAGGUUUGCAAAGUCUUAUUGGCGCUUUCCAAAACGGCGUCGCCAACGUCAGCCAGGGUACAUUUGGUAACAUAGGCCAAGGCAAGCUGCACAUUGCCUCCUGCAACUGCAUCUCCUAUGAAAGUGGAAAGUAUCUGGUUGUCCUGGAGAACCCUCAGGAAGACCAGCUGCUGGUUCAGAACUUGUAA